CUUUGCAAUGCGACUUCGCCGCGCCCGACUUGCUGGCCUGCGACUCUAGAUGUUUCAAUGGUCUGUCAGACAAGGAAGGUACCGGUGAGCUGUGCCUCCAAUCUGCUGCGUGUGAUGAAUGAUAGGGCCGUGUCUGUGUCGCGGAGUAGCGUUUAAGCUGUGAAAACGCUACCUUCCCGAUGCGGUCGCCACACCGUCGUGACGCAUGAGCCGCAUUCGCCCUCUUCCGGCAAGCUUGUUGCGCCUCGUUACCGAAUGACGAGUGUUAAAGGUGCGCGCUGCUGGUCGUUGUGUCGUCGCUAGUCAUCUCUCUCCACAGUCGUUACAAGCCAGGCAUUCAGACAUGACUGCUAUGAGGAAGGACUCCCAUCAGUGCCACCACAUUCAUCGUGGGCAAUCUCAUCACAAGUGGAACAAGGAUGAACCGCCCCGGCUCUCUGUCAUAUCUGGAGAUGUUGUAACAUUCGACUGUAUCGAUGGAGGAAAUGGCCAAAUCACUUCGCGGUCCUCGGUCGACGACUUGCUAUCCUUCGACACAUCCAAGGCGGAUCCGGUAUUCGGACCAGUGUAUGUGCAUGGAGCUGAACCUGGCGAUGCUCUGGAAGUAGAGGUGGUAGAUUUGCAGACAGCCGACUGGGGAUGGACGGCCGUCAUCCCCGACUUUGGUCUCUUGGCCGAUGAAUUCACAGAGCCGCACUUGAAGAUCUGGCAGCUGCCGGCGGGCGAGAACGUGGCCUGGUUCAACGACAAGAUCCGGAUUCCUCGACAACCUUUCAUGGGCACCAUGGGCAUCGCGCCUGGAGAACAGGGCGAGUUUUCCACUAUACCGCCGCGUGACACUGGCGGCAACAUGGACUGUCGGCACAUCACCAAGGGUGCGAAACUUCUGCUUCCAGUGCAAACUCCGGGUGCGCUGUUCAGCUGUGGGGAUGGUCACGCGGCGCAAGGCGAUGGCGAAGUAUGCGGCGUUGCCAUCGAGACUCCAAUGCAGGUGACGUUGCGAUUCACGGUGAAGAAGAACCAGCCGUGGGUGCAGUCUCCGCAUUUCUCGUGUCCACCCAAGGCUGCCGAAGACGUUCUCCCGGAUUGCGGAACGUACAACACCAUGGGCAUCGACUCAGACUUGCUCGAAGCGACCAGAAAGGCAGUCCGCGGAAUGCUCGCAUAUCUCCAAGGCGAGAAGGAUAUGUCCAAGCUUGAUGCAUACAUGCUGUGCAGUGUUGCCGUGGACAUGAAGCUUGCGGAGGUUGUCGAUAUGCCCAACUACGCCGUGGUGGCUAGCCUACCGCUGAAUGUGUUCGUGGAUGGAUGA